GCAACUUUGUAAAUACUACCCGGGCCCUUCUUUCUUCUCAUCUACCAUCAUGCCUCUCGUUCGUGACCAUAUUGAGGGAUAUCCAGAGACAAUUCCUUUCACCAAGCAAGGUGUGGAGGUCCCUGGAACGAAGAAACCAGGACAAACUGGUCAUUACCGGAAUGGAGUUUGGGGCUUGUUGACCAGGAAUACACCCAAUGCACUUACCACUAUCACGGAGAUAUAUGAUAGUGGUAUGCGCGUCGGCAAAGACGCGCCGUUUCUCGGCCGUAGACCGCUUAUUUCAACGAAUCCUGUAAAGUACGCACCGUAUUACGAAUGGCAAACUUGGGGUCAGGUCGACCAUCGCCGGCGGUGCGUAGGCAGCGCCCUCUCUUUACUCUUUAAGACCGGGAAGCUUGGGGGCGCCGGAGAAUUAGAAACAGUCGGAAUCUGGGCUAUGAACAGACCUGAGUGGCAGAUUGUCGAUCUUGCUAUUGCUACCUAUGGAAAGGUAGAUGUAAGUAUAUACGAUACACUCGGGAAGGAUGCUGUAGAAUAUAUAAUCAACCACUCUCAUGUCACCUCUGUGUUUACCAGCGCAGACCACAUCCCUACACUCCUCAAACUCAAGCCGAAAAUUCCGAUGCUGAAAGCAGUUGUGUCCAUGGACGACUUCACAGCAGAGACGAGAACUAUUCUUACACAAUGGGGUUGGUCUGUUGGCGUCCAUGUAAUGGACAUGAAGGAAUUCGAAGCCAUUGGCGAAGCAAACUUAAUAGAACCUAUCCCGGCUACUCCAGACCAAUUGGUGUCUAUUUGUUAUACAUCAGGAACAACUAGUAACCCGAAAGGCGCGAUGUUGACGCAUGGCAUGCUUGCUUUGUCUGUUCAAGCAAAUCUGUACGGUUUGAAUCUUCCUGAUGAAGGUUCAACAAUGUCCUACCUGCCGCUUGCUCACAUCUAUGAACGAAUUACCGAACUAGCAACGAUAUCUACUGGUGCAAAGAUCGGAUAUUUCAGUGGUGAUCCUUUGCGACUCAUUGAAGACUGUCAAAUCCUCAAGCCCAGUUUAUUCCCUUCUGUUCCCCGUGUGUUGAAUCGUGUGUAUCAAGCAGCCAUGCUUGCUGGUGACGUCCCAGGAUUCAAAGGAGCACUAUUCCGAAAGGCGAUCCAGGCCAAGAUGGAAAAAUUACACGCGACAGGGGACAAUACUCACUUCUUCUGGGAUAAACUGGUGUUCCGUAAAAUCCAGGCCGUCUUAGGUGGUAACUUGGUCCUUGUUACUUGCGGUUCUGCCCCCAUCCAUGGUGAAGUCCUCGAUUUCCUCAAAAUUGCUCUUGCAUGUGAUGUGCUUGAAGGAUAUGGAAUGACGGAAAAUUGCGGUACUUGCACUAAAUGUUGGCCUUUCGACCCUUCGGCCAGUGGCACCGUUGGUCCUCCACAGGCGGUAACUGAGAUCAAGUUGAUCGACGUGCCUAGUAUGAACUAUACGUCAGAAGACAAGCCUCGACCUCGCGGGGAACUUUGUGCGCGAGGUGAAAAUAUUAUGAAGAAGUACCACAAAGACGAGAAAAAUACACAGGAGGCUGUUGACGAGGAAGGUUGGCUGCACACAGGAGACGUUGCAGAGAUCGAUGACUUUGGUCGGGUCAGAAUCAUUGACCGAGUUAAAAACAUCAUGAAACUAGCUCAAGGAGAAUAUGUUGCCGUAGAGAAGAUUGAAAACACCUACAGCUCAUCUGCGGCGGUCGCUCAGCUGUUUGUGCAUGGUGACUCAUUACAGUCUUACCUAGUGGGCGUUGUCAUUCCGGAUCCAUUGCACCUCUCCGCCAUCGCUUCUCGCCUUUCUAGUAGCAAAGUGACACCGGAUGAUGUAAAGUCCUUGGGUGAAGCUUGCAAGCAACCGGAAGUGGUCAAAGAAUUUGUGAAUAUCCUCGAUAAAGAAGCAAAGAAGGGAGGAUUGAAAGGAUUCGAGACCCUGAAGCGAAUCCACCUGAGUCUCGAUCCCUUCUCAGUUGAAGAUGGAACACUCACCCCGACUUUCAAGAUCAAAAGGAAAGAUGCGUAUAAGAAAUUUAAGGCUGAGUUGGACGCACUGUAUUCAUUAGGAGAACCUGGCGCCGGGUCGAAACUUUAGAUAUCUAAUAAUGGUAAAUUAUGAUCGUCACAGUCGCAAUACACGACUAAAUAUCUCCUUGGACCCGGCGUGCGAUGAAUGACAAGCUAUCACGGCGGGUGCAGUACCACCGUAGCGCAACGGGACAUGGCGAGUCCGGUGUUUCAAGGAUACGGGGACUUUGUAAACAACGGCAAGAAAAAUUGAAACUUCAAGCGCGUGGACAGCGGGACGACCCGACUUUUGACGCGCGCAGUAUCAAAUAAGUAAUAGGUGAUAACGUCAAAAAACGACUAUU